CAAACAUAGCUUUUUGUUCCACCACUAGAACCCGUGCACAAAAAGCAAUUUUAGGCGUUUUAAAAUUCGAGAGUAGCUAAAUUCGGGGUCACAAUGCGCCCAGCUCGCCUGUAAAAGGCUCUCGCAAGCGUCGUCGCAGGUGCGAGGCAGCGCGGAAUUCCGCCAAAUUGCUGAUCCAAGAGCCCGAAAACCAGGGCACAUCCGCCCCGCCAGUGGGGAGAAAAAUCGAUUUUGUGAUAACAGGCUUACGCGUUUUCGCACUGCUAGUCGGAUUCAGAGUCGAGUGGUGGAUUCCAAUCCCUCAGAAUGAAUGUGGACUUUGCGAAGGUGUGCGGCAAGCACAUAGGCGUCUACGAGGCCUACUACAAACAGAUUGACCCGAAAGCCACCGGGGGAAUCGAGGCCAUGACGGCGGCCAAGUUUCUGAAGAAGUCGGGACUCAGCGACGUGGUGCUGAGCAGGAUCUGGGACCUGUCCGACCCGAACGGCAAGGGCUUCCUGGACAAGCCGGGCUUCUUCGUGGCCCUGAAACUGGUGUCGCUGUCGCAGGCGGGCCAGGUGGCCAACAUGAACAACAUCUACCUGGACACUGCCAAUCCGCCGAAGGUGGGUGAACUACCAAAAACGAUGCCGUCACGCAUCCAGACGGUGCCCGUGUCCAGCGGCGGAGUGGCCAACGGGGACUGGUCCAUCGGGGUGAUCGAUCGGCUCAAGUACGAGCAGCUCUUCGAGUCGCUGAGCCCCUACAACGGCAUGCUGCCGGGCAACAAGGUCAAAGGCGUGCUGAUGGACUCUAAACUGCCCAUGGGCAUUCUGGGCACAAUCUGGGACUUGGCCGACCAGGACAAGGACGGCAAUCUGGACAAACACGAGUUCGUGGUGGCCAUGCACCUGGUCUACCAGACACUGCAGAAGCGCACCAUUCCCAGCGUUCUGCCGCCCGAGCUGCGGAAGCCCGGAGGUGCAGGGCCACCACCCAAACCCGCAAUGCCCCCACCGCCGGUGGCCGCUGCCAUGCCGCGUGCUCCCAGCGGCGAGGGAUUCGGGGAUGGCGGCUUCGUGGCCAACUUCCCAAAGGACAUAGCCCCGCCGGCGGCCAUUCCGCCGCUGCCGGUGGCAGUGCCGCCCAUGACGCGCAUUCCGCCGGUGGGCGCAGUUAGCUCCCAGCCGCUGAUCCAGACGGAUCCGCUGAUACCCAUCGGCGCUCCGCCCUCGGUUACGGCGAACGCCGAUUGGGUGGUCACUCCGGCGGAACUGAAGCGCUUCGAGGACAUCUUCCGGCAGUCGGAUCUGGACAAGGACGGCCUGGUCUCCGGCCUGGAGGUAAAGGACAUCUUCAUCAAGUCGGGUAUUCCGCAGCGCAGCCUGGCGGACAUCUGGGCUCUCUGUGACACCAAUCAAUCCGGAAAGCUUACUGUGGAGCAGUUCGCCCUGGCCAUGUGGUUCGUGGAACGAAAGCAGCGCGGCGUGGAUCCGCCGCAUGUGCUAAACGCCAACAUGGUGCCGCCCUCGAUGCGAGCCACUGUGUCUGGAGUGGACCUGCAGCCGCAGGAGGUGAAGCCCACCUAUUCGAACCCGGAGCUGGAGAUGAUCUCCAAGGAGAUCGAGGAGUUGGCCCGCGAGCGCCGUGUCCUGGAGACGGAAAUUGCCCAGAAAGAGGCUGAUGUACGCAUCAAGAACGGCGAAGUGCGCAGUCUGCAGAGCGAAUUGGACACUCUCACCGCCACGUUGAAGCAGCUGGAGAACCAGCGAGGAGAGGCCCAGAAACGACUGGACGACCUGCAGGCUCAAGUUAGCCACAAUACGGCCGUGCUGGCCAACGUAAGUCUUGACAUAUCGCGCACCAACGAUCAGGUGACCAAGAUUCGCGACCAGUGCCACAUGCAGGAGGAGACCAUUAACGAGCAGGAGGGUGAGCUGAACGCCAAGCGCUCGGAGCUGCAGAAGCUCAAGGACGAGGAGACGUCGCUGCAGAAGGAGUACGACGACAACAACCGCGAGCUCUCGAAGCUGACCAACCAUCUGCAGGCCACCCAACUGCAGAUAAGCUCGGUCCGCUCGAUGGUCACCCAGCUGUUGGAGACGCAGCGCCAGAUGACGGACGCCCUGCUCAUCUGUCGGGCCGCCAUGGAGAGCCAGAACGCCGAGCUCGUCUCCGAAUACCAACUGAAGAUCGAGCCGGACUUUGAUGAGGCGCGCAAGACCCUGACCAAGGAGGUGCAAAUGGCCAAGGACGAUCCCUUCGAGGAGAACAACAGUGGGGCCGCCAAUCAGGCCACCAACGGGUUUGGCAGUGAUCCCUUCUCCGGUCAGCAGGCCAGCAAGCCGGCGAUUACCACCGGCUUCGACGAUAGCUUCAACAUGAGCUCGGGCUUCGAUAGUGGCUUUGAUGCCUUUGGCCAGAGCGGAGCGGGCUCAGCAUUUGGUCAGACCCAGCGGGAUCCCUUCGGCUCGGAUGCCUUUGCGGCCAACAAAAGCAGCGCCAUCACUCCAGAGCCCGGAAAAGACGAUUUUGGCAGCGAUCCAUUUGCCGCCCUGCACGCACCCACUGGCCAGGGUCAGGUGCUCAGUCCCAACGCGCAGAAGUCGGGUCCGCCACCCAGACCGGAGUCUCCUAGUCCAGCAUUGCCGCCAAAGAAGUCCAAGGUGCCGCCCCCACGACCAGCUCCUCCACGAGCAGCCCAGCCCACGAGUGGUUUUGGAGGCGGCGGCAGCGGCGGAGGAGGAUUCGCCGACUUCGACGACUUUGACAAUAAGCUCCACAACAUUCCAAGCACCCCCACGCCCACGGCCACGCCCCUUUCCCUGCCCCCACUCCCGCUGCCGCCCCCAAUUCCAGCGACGAUCUCGAGUGGUUCGUCGUUGCUGGACAGCUUCUCGCUGUUCGACAAUCCCGGCCAGAUCCGCAGCCAGGCGGCCAGCACGCCCAAUCCCACGGCCAAUCCCACACCCACCAUCACCCUGCACCCCCUGCUCCCGACAUCGUCAUCCACACCAGCAGCCCCAUCCCCGGUAUUAGCAUCUGUAUCAGCAUCACCAGCGGGAUUGUUAGCGGGAGCGGGAGCGGGAGCGGGAGGAGUUCCCCCUAGUAGCACCACCACCAUCACCACCGCCCCCAGCUCGAAUAACCAGCAUUUGUCGCGUUCCAAUACACCGCUGCAGAAUCAGAGCACGACGGGAUCGGGAUUGGGACUGGCGCCGAAAGCGGGAGCCAGUGUGUUCGAUGCCUUUGGAGGAGCGGCUGUCAGCCAGAAGGCUCCGACUCCAGGCCCCAUCACUGGACCCACCGACUUCAAGGACGAUCCCUUCAAGGACUACCGCUACGAGGAUCCCUUCAGCAUCAAGGAUCCCUUUGCAGACGAUGAGGAGGAGGUAGAAACCAAGGGAGCUGAUGAGAAGAAGAAAAAUAACUUUGCCGAGGACUUCAGUUCGGAGGAUGAGAUGGGAGGAGCGGCCAAAACUCUGAGCAACGUCUUGAACAACAAUAACACCAAACCCAAGGCUGUCACGCCCCUGAAUCACGAUCUGCUCCAGCAGUUCGACGCCUUCAACCUAAACUCGAGUCCGGCGCCAUCGCACCACUCGACCACUUCGCACCACUCCAACUCCACGCCGAAUCCCCUGAAGUCCCAGGCAGCGCUGGACGCAUUCGCUGAUUUCGACGACUUCGCAGCCACAAUAGCCACCACCGCAGGAUCUGCAACGACGACCUUAACCACUAGCAACACAAAACUCAACGAUUCCUUCUUCGAUGCAUUUAACGACAACUUCAGUGUGGGGCAAAACUCAACAGUGACCACUGGCGUGGUGGUCAAGCCCAACGAACAAAAGGCCAUUGCCAAGGCCUUCGACGCCUUUAACGACAACUUCGAAGACGACUUUAAGACGGGCCACAACUUCGCUCAGUUCGAGGCACACAACUUCUCCAGCGACUUUGGGAGCACCUCCUUUGAGGCAAAGAGCAAGGAGAAGCAGAACGGGCAGGUGGCCAAGAUGGAUCCCGGCAAGAAGCCGCCGACCAAGGACAAGUUUGAGGCGGACUACUCAAAGCCGGAGAGCUUCGACGCGGAUCUGGAGGAGGCGCUUAAGCGCAGCGUGCUGGACAACUAGAUUAGACGAACUUAGUAGUGGGUGGUGCAAACAGAUGAAUGUGAUUGAUGAUCCAUGUGAAAUCUCCAAUCUUCAAUGACACAUGCAAUGUUCUCUCUAUUCGUUGCACUCGAUCCGAUCUUUAGUGUAAGUGCUUCGUUUCCGAUUCGAUCAAGACAUCAUGGGGGCUGGACUAUAUUCACAAAGCUUCCCAUGGUUUUGCCCCGUACUCCUCGUGCUCAAGGAUCCCGGCGAAUAGAGAAUUCCAACGGAGCCGCAGCCGGUAUUACAAGCUACAUGCUAUGUAGAAUUAUAUAUAAUUUCGCUUAAUCACAUACUCGUAGAGCUUAAACAUAUUACUAUUUAACCUGUACCAAAACCCUAUGAAUAAACCUAUGAAAUAAUAUGGAA